AUGAAGGAGAAGUCGAAGAACGCCGCCCGCACCCGACGGGAGAAGGAGAACAGUGAGUUUUACGAACUGGCCAAACUGUUGCCGCUUCCGUCCGCCAUCACCUCCCAGCUGGAUAAGGCGUCGAUCAUCCGGCUGACCACGAGCUACCUGAAGAUGAGGGUCGUGUUUCCUGAAGGCCUCGGGGAGUCCUGGGGUCAUGUGAGCCGGAGCUCUUUGGAUGGAGUCAACCAGGAACUCGGUGCCCAUAUCUUACAGACGUUAGACGGCUUCAUCUUCGUGGUCGCUCCGGACGGGAAAAUAAUGUACAUAUCAGAAACGGCAUCGGUCCACUUGGGCCUGUCGCAGGUAGAGCUGACGGGAAACAGCAUCUAUGAAUACAUCCAUCCAGCAGACCAUGAUGAGAUGACAGCCGUCCUCACAGCGCACCAGCCUUACCACUCACACUUCGUCCACGAGUACGAGAUGGAGCGCUCCUUCUUUCUGAGGAUGAAAUGUGUCCUCGCCAAAAGAAACGCUGGCCUCACCUGUGGAGGCUACAAGGUGAUCCACUGUAGCGGCUACCUGAAGAUCCGUCAGUACAGCCUGGACAUGUCCCCGUUUGACGGCUGCUAUCAGAACGUGGGGCUGGUGGCCGUGGGCCACUCGCUGCCACCCAGCGCCGUCACGGAGAUCAAACUGCACAGCAACAUGUUCAUGUUCAGAGCCAGCCUGGACAUGAAGCUCAUCUUCCUGGACUCGCGGGUUGCAGAGCUAACGGGCUACGAGCCUCAGGACCUCAUUGAGAAGACUCUCUAUCAUCACGUCCACAGCUGUGACUCCUUCCAUCUGAGAUGUGCUCAUCACUUGUUGCUGGUCAAAGGUCAGGUCACCACCAAGUACUACCGGUUCUUGGCCAAGCCAGGUGGCUGGGUGUGGGUCCAGAGCUAUGCAACCAUCGUACACAACAGCCGCUCAUCCCGACCUCACUGCAUCGUCAGCGUCAACUACGUGCUCACGGAGACGGAGUAUAAAGGCCUGCAGCUUUCUCUGGACCAGGCCACGUCCAAGGUCUCCUUCCCCUACAGCAGCAGCACCGCCAGCCUUACGGAGAACUGCAGAACCCCCAAGAGCAGAGUCCCCCGGCCCAAGACCAAAGCCAGGCUCUCGCCCUACACCCAGUAUCCCAGCUUCCAGACAGAGCGCUCCGAGUCAGACCAGGACAGUCCGUGGGGCAGCAGCCCCCUCACAGACUCGGCCUCCCCUCAGCUGCUGGAGCAGAGCGAGGGCCUGGACGCCUCCUGUGUGUACAGGCAGUUCCCCGAUCCCCGAACGCUCUGCUACAGCUUGUCCGAAGAGCACCAUCACAGCGCCAGUGACGGCUACGCACACGGCCAAGGUCAGAGCUGUGACCGGGGCCGAUGUGAGGCGGGGCGCUAUUAUCUCGGAGCUCCUCCCCCUCGCAGGGACGCGUGGUGGGGCACCGCGGGGUCAGUCCUGCCGCUGAGCAAGAGCUCCUCGGAGAACCACGAGGGGUGUGACGGCAGCACGCCGCACAGCACAGCCGUCCACAGCUACAAUGGGAGGGGCCACUGGGACGAAGACAGCGUGGUCAGCUCUCCAGAUGGAGGCUCGGCCAGUGACUCGGGGGACCGGUACCAGGCUGACCACUACCGCUGUAGCCCGCAGGAACCCAGCAAGAUCGAGACUCUGAUCCGGGCCACGCAGCAGAUGAUCAAGGAAGAAGAAUGUAGAUUCCAGCUGCGCAAGGGUCCUCUAGGUGGCCCGCUGGGGCCGGCCAACGGGCUGCCCAAGGGCCCCGGACCAUGCUUCACCCCCGAGUAUAUUCAAGGGCCCCUGCCGCUGCAGACCGUGGUGUGUCGAGGUUUAAGUCAGGUGAUCAGCCCUGCUCCUAGUCCCGCCCCCCUGUCCAGGCUCAGCAGUCCAGGUCCUGAGCGCCUCCACAAGCCCAAAGACUACCUCCAGACAGACCUGUCCCCCCUUUCUCUGCCAUUGCACCACCCGUUUGGUCGUCCGGGUCCGUGCUCGGAUUCCCCUACCUCGACCCCGGCCCUCUACCACACCCACAUCCACCCGCGGCCCUACUUGGACAAGCAUAAACCCUACUCCCUGACCGGUUACGCUCUGGAGAACCUCUAUGAACCAGAGAGCCUGCGGGGCUACUGCACCUCCGCCAGCACGGGCCCCACCCACUACGACGUGACCCCUCACCUCUGCAUCCCGGCAGAGCAGACCCCCGGACAUAAAGGCACCUCUGUCAUUAUCAGCAACGGCAGCUAA